AUGCUUAACACUACAUCACCUUUUGAUCCUUUCGAAUUUAUUUCAAAAAAACGCGUAAAUAUCACUUCUGGCGUUUAUUCUGUGUUAGCAAUAACCGCUGCUUUGAAUAUCUUCACUUGUCCUCUCGCAAUUUUACUGAAUGGUCUGGUAAUAUGUGCCGUUAAAACAAAGCGAUAUCUUCGCACAAAAUCGAAUAUCUCGCUGGCUUGCUUGGCCACAACAGAUUUUGCUGUGGGACUGAUUGUUCAACCGUUUGUCGUAACCAAUUUCAGCUUGCUUUUCACAGGUAGCAGCCUUCAAACCAUGAUCUCUACUUCUGUUUGGGUAUUCAGCGUUGUUGGCCAAACAUGCAUUGCAGCUUCGACUCUCCACUUGUUGUUAAUGAGCGGGGAACGUUAUUUAGCAAUCAAACACCCCUUCGCCUACGAAAAUGGCCUUGUAACUGAAGCUCGUAUUAUCACUGCAUCUGGUUUGGCGUGGAUUUGCGCAGCGAUUGUCUAUGGCAUCAGAGUCAGCAUCCUUCCGGAAAUAAGUUUUGUUUUUAUCUCAGCCGUUAUCUCCGCUGUAGUUUAUUGUCAUGUUGUCAUAUACAAAGAAGUUCGUCGUAACACACAGCAAAUCAUCGCCAACCAAGUUUCUUUAGCAGUGAAGGAAAAGUUACUCAAGAAUAAGAGAGCCUUUAACACAACUGUGGUGAUAGUUUUGACACUUUUCCUUUGUUAUAUUCCGACUUGCGUCUGGCUGAUUCUUUUCAUUUCGUUGGAUGGAGAAAACUCCUCUGACGUAGGAAAAAUCGCUUUCUUCCCUAUUACAUUUCUGCUAUUCCUAAAUUCGUCGAUAAACCCACUCAUAUACACGGCAAGAACCAGACACUUUCGCGUAGCUAUCUUUCAGAUGUUAACAAGAAAAACUCUUGCUCAAGCUGAGGAACUGGAAAAGAAGAUGUUUGGAGCAAAUCGUGUGGGAGUUGCAUGAACUGAUACCCAGCUGGAAAAACGAGAGGAGUGAGACCUCCCUGCCGUGCCUAGUUA